AUUUCAAGUUAGUGACAGACAUUGUAAAAAGUUGACAUUCGAAAACAACAAAACCAGGGAAAUGUUCAAUAAAUUCUAUUUAUAUACACUUAGUAGAGCAAAAAUGUAUUCCUGGAGGUUAUUUAAAGCAUUCGAAAUCAUAUUACUAAUUUUGCAUACUGUGUGUACUCGUGCUCAAGAACACGCUUUGUCUCCUCCUUACACUUGUACUACAACAACGACCCUGUGCCAACCAGGCGCCAAUGGCCACACAUAUUCAAAUGACGAUAUUCAAGUUACCCAAGGAAGGCCCGGUAAGAGGGGUGCUGCUGGCGAAAAGGGUGAAAGGGGCCAAAAGGGAGAUCCCUGUCAAUGCGAUGUAGCUGAUGAGGAGGCAAUGAGAAGUUUGAGAAGAACUAUGGAGACACUGCAAUCAACAAAUCGCGACAUGCAGAAGAAAGUAGAAAAUUUAGAAGGCCAUGUCAACCUGCUUGUUCUCCCAUCCAAUUGCAUUGAAUAUACGAUGUACGGAAAUGAACGCAAUAAUAGAUCUGAUGGAUUAGCCGAAAUUUAUCCGUGGAAGAAUAUCGGCAACAUGUCAUCAGUGUUAAUAAACUGUUCCUUGUACAAAAUAGACGACAACGGCUGGAUUGUCAUUCAAAAAAGAUAUGAUGGGUCAGUUGACUUCUAUAGAAACUGGGAAGCGUAUGUGCAAGGAUUCGGAAACAAAGAUGGAGAGUUUUGGCUUGGUUUGAAAACUAUUCAUCAAAUUACCAGUCUCAGAAGCUAUAAACUUCGAAUCGACCUCACCUUCAAAAAUGGUGCCGUCAAAUACGCUCAAUACAGCUCUUUUGUAGUAGGAAAUGAGCACUCUAAGUUCAAGCUGACAGUGUCUGGAUAUUCUGGCACAGCUGGAGAUAAAAUGACUUACCAUACUGGUCGCGCUUUUACUACUUUUGAUGCUGAUAACGAUAUAAACUCAAGUGCGAAUUGCGCAGUUAGUUAUAACGGGGCAUGGUGGUAUAAAAAUUGCUAUGAAUCGAAUUUGAAUGGAAGGUACAACACUGAUUUCAGCUGGCCAUAUGGUUCUCAUCUUUCAUCUAGUGAAAUGAAAAUUCGUCCAAUCUAACUGCUUACUGACAAGCAAUUCUGUGUAUAUUCCCGUAUAAACUACUCCGAGUUAUAAAUAUUUGAAUGAUCAAAAUUGAGGCACUAAUUUUCAUGCAUACUUGAGCGAAUUUUGCAUUAGAGCGUCAUAGGCUGCAUAAUAGUCUACAUGUUUGCAUUUCACUCGCAAAUAACAAGAUUUCCCUUCACAAAUAACAAUAUUCUAUAUGGAAUAAAUGUUAUUUUGAGAUGUUGAUGUGAUUUUACUAGAAUGAGACGUACUCGUCAUUCAAACAGCAGUGGAGAAAAAAUGAACGAUUUGCUUCAAUACAUUGUUAAAUUCGAAUAGAAACACAUGGGACAAAAAUCCAACCUUGAAAGGGGAAAUUUUUUUCUUGUAUAUUUCAUAUAUAUGUAGAUAUUUCGUGUUGCGUACAAGUACAAAUACUCUGAACUUCAUGGUGUGAAAGACUCCAUGGUAAUUAUUUUUUUUGUAAAAUACUUUGCUGGAAAAACUAUUGGCAGUAUUAUAUCUAGCUUUCUGUCUUAUGUUUUUGUUUGAUAAUAAAAACAAAUCAUGAAACGGUAUGGCAGUAUUAUUUUUACAUUCAUCAAAUCAAACAUCGUAUAAUAGCAAAGUAAAAGUAAACAAAAGCGUAAUAACCAACCAAAUCAAUGGCCGAUAAAUACAGUAUGAUUUUACAACACGUGACGUAUUUACAAAUAACAUAUAGUUGACAAUCCACUCGUAAACAAUAUAUAAACAGUUCUAUAUUCCAAUGAAAAUGCAGGUCGGCGGCUUCGAAUGUAAAUACAAAAUAAAAAGACACCAAUUUUGUUGAAUAGAUUACAUACAUUGCUUCUAACGCUUCUCGAGCU